UUUGGAUGUCUUACGCGGUCCGUUCGUGUAGCUGAAUUUAAAUAAACAAGAUUUUAAUUACUUAAACUAACUGCUAAAUAUAAAUUGAGUUUGAUAGUGCAAUUAGAUACGGCUUCAAAUAGAUAACGAAACAGUUCAAGUUCAUGGUCGCCGUACCAAUCUUUUGAAUGUGCACUGUCACUUGUCAACUUUUUGUCAACUUGUCAGUCGGUCACUCGAUGACGUUCGGUUUGAACGUGUGCUAAACAUAUCUACCGGUACGCGAGCAAUUCGUUUGAAAUUGCGUUAAUAAAUUACUUAUUAUCUUAUUACACUUGUACGUUGGUUGUACGAGUUGCGAGGAGAUGGCCGCUCACCGCCGGACACUGUGAUUCUUUGCCGCUGUUGUAUAUUUAGAAAAAAAAAGUUGCGAAACUCGGCGAGCCGCUGUAUUCGCAUUGUUUUGAUAUUUCAGUUUUCUGUGUUAAAAGUUUAGAACAUUCUGGUGAAAAUGAAGAACCCGCACGGCAAGGAGGAGACUUCAGACGAGGAGUCCGGGUUGGGGUACCAGAAUACGUUGAUGUAUGGUCGCUAUCAACGCGACCUAAGCGAAGCAGCUAGAGAAGAAGCAAGGAGACUCAGAAGACUACGGAAGAAGAGAAGAAAAGACGACAAACUCCGACAGAAGGAGUUGGAAGCAAGCGGCAAACACAGACCUAGGGGGAAGUUCUUUAAAGUAUUAGGCUAUGUAUGGAGGCACACGUUCGCUCGGCUGGGCGAGGACUGGGUGUUCCUGGCUCUGCUGGGCAUCAUCAUGGCGGUUGUCAACUUCGCUAUGGACAGGGGGAUCGCCGUAUGUCAGAAUGCACGCAUGUGGAUGUACAAGGACCUGGCGACGUCUACAUUCAGCCAAUACGUGGCCUGGGUGUCUCUGCCAGUGUGCCUCAUUCUGUUCGCCGCCGGAUUCGUACACAUAGUGGCUGCACAGAGUAUAGGUUCAGGUAUACCUGAAAUGAAAACCAUCCUCCGAGGAGUGCACCUGAAGGAGUACCUCACCUACAGAGCCAUGAUAUCCAAAAUCGUUGGUCUCACUGCUACACUUGGGUCCGGUCUACCACUUGGUAAAGAGGGCCCAUCAGUCCACAUAGCAUCAAUGGUGGCGACCCUCCUCUCGAAGUUGGUGACGACCUUCCAAGGGAUCUACUCCAACGAGUCCAGAACCAGUGAGAUGCUGGCUGCGGCUUGUGCUGUGGGUGUCGCUUCGUGCUUCGCUGCUCCGGUUGGAGGUGUCCUAUUCUCAAUAGAAGUAACGACCACAUACUUCGCUGUGCGAAACUACUGGCGCGGCUUCUUCGCCGCCUGCUGCAGUGCUAUUAUGUUCCGCCUACUAUCAGUAUGGUCUGGCGCGAUGCCGACAGUGAAGCCCCUGUUCCCCACCAACCUGCCACAAGACUUCCCCUUCGAUCCUCAGGAGUUUGCUGUCUUCGUACUGUUGGGCAUCGUCAGCGGCCUCCUAGCCGCGCUGUGGGUGUUCCUCCACCGACAAUACGUGCUCUUCAUCAGGAACACCAAGUCACUCAGUAACUUCUUGCAGAAGAAUCGUUUCAUCUACCCUGGCUUCAUAACACUAGCAGUGAUGUCCAUACUGUUCCCGCCUGGUAUCGGGAAAUAUAUGGCGGCUGAUCUUGGAAACCAAGAACAGGUCCUCUCCCUGUUCUCUAACUUCACCUGGACGGACGAGCUGACGGCGGAGCAAGCCUCCGUGGUGUCUCACUGGCAGACUCUCGAGGUCGACCACUUUGGAUGUCUCAUCAUAUACUUCUUUUCCAUUUUCUUCCUAAGCUUAGUAUCGUGUACGCUGCCAGUGCCGGCGGGUAUCUUCGUCCCAGCGUUCAAGAUGGGAGCCUCCCUCGGCAGGUUCACGGGGGAGGUGAUGCACUACUUUUGUCCACUCGGCGUUGCCUACGGGGGACAUAUACAGAAGAUAUUGCCUGGAGGCUACGCGGUGGUAGGCGCGGCCGCCUUCACCGGCGCAGUCACUCACACUGUGUCCACCAUUGUCAUCGUCAGCGAGAUGACUGGACAGGUGACCCACCUCCUCCCAAUAAUGGCCGCCGUACUAGCCGCCAACGCGACGGCCUCCUUGCUACAACCGUCGUGCUUCGACAGUAUUAUCCUCAUCAAGAAACUACCGUAUCUACCCGACCUGCUAUCUUCUGCUAGCCGUGAGUAUAUUGUACAUAUUAAAUACUACGUCACUAAUACUUGAUAAUAUAUAAUGUACUACAUGACAUCUAACUGUUUGCAAAUUCCUUCACAGACAAUUAAAAGUUUCCCCCUAGUGGACAGCCCAUCGUCCAUGGUACUGCUAGGUUCCAUCCACCGCUGGGAGCUGGUGAAGGUGAUAGAAAAGCAGGUCGGCAGAGAUAGGAGGUUACAGAUCGCGGCGCUAUGGCAUCGGGAGGCGGAGCUUAGGAGGAGGGACGAGGAGGCUAGGAAGAAAGUUAGGAGGCCUUCUAGGUUUGAGGUGACUCCGGCUCCAGAUAUGCUACAAGUCCCAGGCACCGGUAUGACGAGAGGAUCCUCACUCACCACCAAAGACCAGGGAGGUCUUAUACCUGCUCCAGGCCAGCUAUUCCGUCCGAAGUCGAUCCUGAAGAAGACGAACUCGUUCACCCUGUCGCGGGGACUCGGGGCCGGAGUACCCAGCGCCCCCAAUACCCCCAGCACUCCGCAACCGUCUGUCUAUACUACUGUUACGGGGGCUGAGACCAGGAUCCGAGCAGCGUUCGAGGCGAUAUUCAAGCGUUCCACCCUCCUACAAGACGUGGAGGGAGGACUACCAGACCAACUCAGCCCUACAUCAUUGCCUAGAAGCCCGUCUAUCAACAAGAAAGUGCAGCUGCCACGUGAGCGAGUAUGCGACAUGUCUCCGGAAGACCAGAAGGCUUGGGAACAGAUGGAGAUGGCCAAGGAGAUAGACUUCGACAGAAUGCUGCAGAUAGCCAGGAAGCGAGAUAUGCACCCCGACGACCCGGAGUAUGAAGAUGAGAACCUGUACAUCUGCCACAUCGACCCUGCGCCAUUCCAGCUGGUGGAGAGGACCUCGCUACUUAAGGUCCACUCGCUGUUCUCAACACUUGGUGUCAGCAGAGCAUAUGUGACUGCCAUCGGACGACUGAUCGGUGUCGUGUCGUUGAAAGAGCUUCGAAAAGCGAUAGAAGACGUGAACUCCGGGGCCUUAACCCUGGCUAAUCGUCCGGAGCCCCCGCAGACCCCGCUGCCUACCGUCAUCAAAGUAGUGUCCACGCAGCCCGCGCCGCCCUCUGACAGUGAGACAGCUAAACUCACCACUCCUGGUGAUCAUUGAACAACUCCAAAACCACACAGGUUAAAAUUUCCCAAUAUGAGGUUUUUUGACAGUUAAGGUCGUAAAUUCCUAAAGAAAGGUUUUAUUCGACACUAAAGGUCGUGAUUGUUUUCAAAUCCAAGUCUUUUUGACUCUACAAGUAGAAUAGGUCAGUCAGAGCUGUUACUAUAUAUUAUGUAAUGUGACAGUUAAUUAUUAUUUUAUUAAGAAAGGUUAUCUUUGAGGUUUUUUCUUUGGUCUAUUUGAGUGCUGACUCAGUCAAUAUUUUAUUUAUUUCAUGGCCUCAGAUAUAAAACUAUAUUAUUACUACUGAUGUCUCAUUUCUGUGGCAGCUGAUGAUAACAAAUACAAAUAGAAUCCCUUUUUUGUUUGUAUUAGAGUCUAACUAAGUAAUUAACUAUCUCACAUAGACAAGCUAUGCGAUACCUUUAAAAGUGAUUAAAAACCUCUCAUCUCUAUUUAACUUUGACUAUAAAGUCAGUCUUAGUUUAAAUUAAGAAAUUAAAAAGACAUUGUAUAAAACAGUAAGCGAACUGUUUGCUAUAAUUCGAAUCCGUGACUUAGGCUUGGGAAGUAUUCCUAAAAAUAAGAACUUAAAUUGGGAAAAUUCCCAUUCAAAGGUUCUUUAAGAACUUUUUUCGGUAAGUAUUGUAGUUUUUAGUAGAUUUUUUCCUGAAUACUCAGUAUAUGUUGAGUAGAAAGUAUUGUAGUCACAAAUAUGUGAAUGCUGUGGCAUAAUUUUUGAUGAUUCGGUCAUUAUUUUUAACUAAGUUAUGAGGCUUGAAGCCAUAGAACGUUAUAAUAAGUUCUUUCUUAGGUUAGUGUAAUAAGUUCCUUAAUGUCUAGAUGUUCAGAAAUCUGUGGCUUAGAAACAUCUGUGAUGGACUAAAAGUCAAAAUUAAUGUGAUCAAAAAAUCCCUUGUCCAAAGAUUUUUAGCAAAUUCGUAUAGGAAUUUUCCCAAUUUCAGGUUCUUUCCUAUUCAUAGGAAUUUUCCCAUUAGAUUAAAAGUUAUAGAGAAUUGUUCUCACUAUGCAUAAUUUAAGACUUGUCACGCAAAGACAUAUCGAAACGAUUGUUUUACAUUAUUAUGUAAAAUAACUGUAAACGUCACAAUUACGUAAAUAUAUACUUUAUUACGUUGUAAGUAGGUGUAUUUUUGAUAGAUAUUUUUAAUAUUAGAUGGUGCUUCCUGCAAGAGAUUAGUAGCAAUUAUGAAGAGCGAUUUGAUAUUCUAUUUGGUCCUAGCGAUGAGGAGUUUUAAGCAAUUCAGUGUAAAAAGCAAUAUUUAUUAUAGUUAGUAAUUUAUUUAAGAUCGUGCGGAAAAAAUGUUUCAAUGAACGGCAAGUCAACCUAACCUGAUGUGUUUAAGACAUUUUCAACUUUAUUAUCGCUCUAGAAAUAAGGUUGAAAAUAUUUUAAAGGGGAGACUAGGUUGAUGUGCGUGUCGUUUGUUGGUUGGUAAAAUUGCUUAGAAAUACCUUUAUUAAGCUAGUUGACGUUUGUAUCAACAAAGCAAUAAUACUUUAAGUACAUUGCUUCAACUUAGUGCCUUAGAUUUUCGAUAUUUUUUGUUAUGUACAGGCAGUUGUUGUAUUUUCAAUAUAUUUAAUUAUACACCCACUGUGAUUGUAGAAAAAUAAAUAUACAAAACCGUCUUUUUGACGUUCAAAAAUAUAUUAAAAUCGAUACUUGUAUAAGGCAAUAGAUUUAAACUUUUUUAGUAUUGCCAGUGUGAAUAUUUGCAGCAUAUUUUUUUCAUCUGGCAACCCCAUUAAAGGCCCUGCAACGCCUGUACAUUAGACCAAAUUUAUACCCCAAGGCUUGUGAUCGUCCAUUCAUUCCAAAAGUGUUGUUUCUUAGUUAUUAAGUUAUAAUUAUUAUUUAAUAUCGUUACAUUAUUAUAUCUGCCAGGAGUCUUAUACAUUUGUGUCCAGAAAUAUAUGUUUUUUGUAAUAAAUAACUGGGUUUCGUAUUUAGUGUGGGAGAAAAUAUCAGCCUGUAUCUACCACUGAUGAGUAAUGAAAUUUUUAAAUAGAUUAUAUAUUUACAAAUAUUUUUUAAAGAUUGAUUCAGUACAGAUAUAGCAGUCAUUUGUUGGCGCUACUGAACCGAUCAAUGGCUACAGAUGUGGCUUGGUUAAAAUCUAUAUAUCUAAUAGUGUAAUAAGAGUCUCUGUACUAUGUCAGUCUUUAUUUUUUACAUUCAUAGCAAAUAGCUGUGCCGACUAUAGUAAGUUAUUUUACUAAGUUUUGUGAGAUUAAUUUCUCAAUAACAACACUGUAUUUUGAAUUAUAUUUUCUGUAUAUCGUUAUAAUAACUGCUAAAAAAUCAGUUUGUUAUAAAUGUAACUCUACCUACCCUUUCGGGUAAUAGCAAGUGAGAUGUUACAAAGGUUUUAUAUGAGAGGCUAUUUCGAAAACAGGAUACGUAUUAACUCUUUGAGUACAGUUUAAACUGUCAAACACCGCGAGGACACCGGUGACCGCAACCUAUUGUUCUUUAAUUGU